UAUUUAUUCAUUUGGUGAUUACUAAACAACAAAAGAAAAUAUUUGAAUUUGAUUAGAAUUGUGGUGGAAUGAAUAAGUGAUUAAUAAAAAAAUGUGGACUCUCGAGAAGCGUGACAACUUAUGGCUCCUGACUCUCACCGGCGACGACCAAAACCGCCUCAAUCCAACUCUAAUUGACUCCCUUCUCUCAACCCUAACAAAUCUCGCCACUCAAUCCACUCCCGGCUCUGUUCUCAUCACCACCGCCAAAGGCAAAUUCUUCUCCAACGGCUUCGACUUACAAUAUGCUCGCGCCGCCGGCUCCAAGUCCGCCGCAAUGAACCGCCUUAGUUCCAUGGUCAAAUCCUUCAAACCCGUAGCGGCGGCGCUGAUAUCUCUUCCUAUGCCAACCAUCGCCGCCGUCAACGGCCACGCCUCCGGCGUCGGGUUCCUGCUUGCGAUCUGCCAUGAUUAUGUCUUGAUGAGGAGUGAUCAAGGCGUGUUGUACAUGCCGGAGGUGAAUCUCGCGCUGCCGAUGCCGGAUUACUUCGCUGCCGUGAUUAGAGAUAAGAUCAAGAAGCCGGCGGUGCUGCGUGAUGUGUUGUUGGCCGGUGUGAAGGUUAAGGGGAAAGAGGCGGUUGAGAUGGGGAUUGUUGAUUCGGCGCAUGAUAGUGCGGAGAGUACGGUAGAGGCUGCUGUGCGCCUGGGGGAGCAAUUGGCGCAGAAGAAAUGGGUUGGUGAAGUGUAUGCUGAGAUAAGGAAGAGUUUGUAUCCUGAUGCGUGUAAGGUUUUGGGUUUGACUCCGAAAUCACUCAUAUCUAAGAUUUGAAUUGAAUUUCAGAUUUCAAUUUUAUGCCAUUUUAGUAAGGGAUUUAAUUGAAUUCUUUAAGAUUAUGUUAUAAUGCAUGUGAUGUGAGUUUGAAGAUUGUGUUAAUGCAAUCAUUGGAUUCAGAAUAAGUUUGACCAAAUAAAUAGAGGUCCUAUUUAUUUAGGUUUAACAGUGACAAAUAUUUUAUGAGACUCGGUUUAACCGUGAUAAAUUCUGGGUCAUGUGUGGUAGUCUGCCUCUGCAUCCUUGAUUUAGGGAAAUCGAAAGAUGCGAUUAGUGGUUGGUUGAAAGAAACUAUAGAAUAACUAUUUAUGCAAAUUAUACCAUCUACAAGUCAUAAGGUGAAUCAUAUAAAUAAUUGUGCAUUGAA